AUGAGAGAGGGAGAGAGAGCGAGGGAGAGGGAGAGAGCGAGGGAGAGUGGAGUAGAAAGGACUGUUCAGUCACAACACAUUGUGGAAGGGAGGAGGGGGACAGUAACAGCAGAGCAGCAGGCGGGGAGAACGAGCUGCACUUCUGCUGGUCUGCUUCCACUCCACAUGCAGGACACCCCUGGAAAGGCAGCGUGACUCGCCCUCCCCACCAUGCUCCCCCACCAGCCGACGCCCCUGAGACUCCUGGAGGAGUGAGGGACCCCCUGGCCACCAAGGACCCCCGCCUGCACUGGCAUGUUUAGGGGACGGGGGGCAGGACCCUUACAGGAGCCGUGACAGGUUUCUCCAGGAAGGACAGGAUCGGGAACCAGGCAAGCGGCGGGGGCUGAUGGAAGCUGAUAUGUCCCGUUUGGCCGGCCACCACGAGCCCCGCGACUGACGGAGACCCCUGCUCCCCUCACCUCCUCAUGGGGGCGACUUUGAGCUGAUCCCCUCCCCCCCCUCCACCAUUUCCACGACAACUUUAGAGCGCUGCUUCUCUGGGGAGAACUGUUUUCUAAGAGCAUGGAAGGCAGGGAGAUGAGGGCGUGAAGGCCAGCCAGGAGACAUUGCUGCCCGCCUCCGCUCCACCCCCGACCCCACCCCUUGGCCUUGCGGGGGUGGACCUCUAACCCACGGCACCAAAAACACACGCAGGGACCAUCACCACCCACCACCCGGAAGCGGAGGCACGGUGGAGCGAGCUUCCUCUGUCCGCCUGAAGAGGGCGUUGUGGUUAACGGAAAACUCCAAGAACUGAUGAAUGAGUGGUGUGUGAACUCAAAGCAAGAAAAACCACGAAACGUGGGACUAAACAGACAGAUCCUACGGAAAGGCUUCCCGUUCUUCUUCCUUGGAUGCUACAAUGCUCAUCACCCUUCCUCCGACCACAGAAGAGGGCACUCUGUGUUUGUACAUCCAUUCUGGAUCCUCUGGCUGGGAAUACAAAACGUUUCUUGAACUGGAAAUCUUCCGUACAGCUGAUUCGCGACAUUUGAGGCCACUGAUGCAGCUGUAGCUCAAACGGUGGAUUGGACGUCAGGGUGGAGACUGUGGAUAUGAGAAUGCCAGGGGAUUGGCUGAGAGUUCGCUUUUAGUCUGGCCAAUUGCGGGGCCUGAUAUCUGUCCCACCGUGGAGAGCUUGGAGUGGGUGGUUUUCCCAGGGCUGAGUGGUGGGCUAAGAGAAAGUAGGUUUCCUGUGGAGGUGGACAUCUUUAUUUUUUUGCCUAAGCAUGCUGGGAUGUGAUCUUAUUUGGAGUUUGGAGAAUUGUGCUGAAGACUACUGAGGGAGAGAAGGCAUCUGGACAAAGGGAUAAUGCAUGCCCCCCCCGCGCUGGAGGAAGAGGGCACCAUGAGCAACGUGACCGUCCACGACAACGCCGAGUCCAUCGACCGCAGCAUGAACGUAGCAGCGCCCUACCCACUAAGCUUCCAGGUCAGCCUGACCGGCUUCCUCAUGCUGGAGAUCGUCCUGGGCCUGAGCAGCAACCUCACCGUGCUGGUGCUCUACUGCAUGAAGUCCAAUCUCAUCAACUCAGUGAGCAAUGUGGUGACGGUGAACUUGCACGUGCUGGACGUGCUCAUCUGCGUGGGCUGCAUCCCGCUCACCAUUGUGCUCAUCCUGCUCUCGCUCGAGGGCAACACGGCACUCGUCUGCUGCUUCCACGAGGCCUCCGUCUCCUUCGCCAGCGUCGCCACGGCCGCCAACGUGCUGGCCAUCACGCUGGACCGCUACGACAUCUCGGUCAAGCCUGCCAACCGUGUGCUGACUAUGGGCCGCGCCGUGGCUCUGCUUGCCUCCAUCUGGGCCCUCUCCUUCUUCAGCUUCCUGGUUCCCUUCAUGGAGGUGGGCUUCUUCAGCCAGGCGAGACUGGACCAGAACCAGACUGUAGCGACAGUGGCCCACACCAACCAGUACUACACGGAGUUGGGUCUCUACUACCACCUGCUGGCCCAGAUCCCCAUCUUCUUCUUCACCGUUGUGGUCAUGCUAGUGACAUACUCCAAGAUCCUGCAAGCGCUCAACAUCCGAAUCGGAACACGCUUCCACGUGGUGCAGAAGAAGAAGGCACACAAGAAGAAGACCAUCUCCAUGACGACACAGCCAGACACAACAGAUGCCUCUCAGAGCAGCACAGGGCGUAACCCUGCGCUGGGCAUGCGUACAUCUGUCUCAGUCAUCAUUGCUCUGCGCCGGGCAGUCAGGCGUCACCGGGAACGGCGAGAGAGGCAGAAAAGGGUCUUCCGGAUGUCCCUCCUCAUCAUCUCCACCUUCCUGUUGUGUUGGACGCCCAUAACUGUGCUUAACACAGUCAUCCUGAGCAUAGGCCCCAGUAACCUCAUGGUGAAACUCAGGCUAGGCUUCCUGGUCAUGGCUUAUGGGACGACCAUCUUCCACCCACUGCUGUAUGCCUUCACGCGCCAGAAGUUUCAGAAGGUGCUCAAAAGCAAAAUGAAGAAGAGGGUCGUGUCCAUAGUGGAGGCCGACCCCCUGCCCAAAAACGCUGUUAUCCACAACUCCUGGAUUGACCCAAAGAGGAACAAAAAGGUGACUUUCGAGGAGAAUGAAAUGAGGCAGAAAUGCCUCUCCUCGGAGGACGUUGAGUGACCUUCUCUCAUAAGUCAUAGAUGUGGACUGACCUUCUCGGCGUCUCAUAACUCAUAGAUGUGGACUGACCUUCUCGGCAUCUCAUAACUCAGAGAUGUGGACUGACGUUCUCGAUGUCCUCUAAAUGCAGAGAGACUCUCAUAACCACUCCGGCCAAGUGACUCUGCAUUAAAAAGGGAAUGUUAUUCCAGAUCUGUACCACUGCGGAAAGAACGCUCCAUGUGCAGAGAUCAGAGCAGCAUAAUUUAUUACUAUUUAUUGUGUGAACAGAUGACGGUAGGUUUCAUAGAGAAACACGCUGUACAAAUUGCAUGGCUUUUCUAACAGUAGUGAAUACAUUGUAUAUAUAAGCCAGUCAUGUAUAUAAUAUAUGUACAGAGAAUAGACACUUGGACACUAAAUCUGUCAAUUUAUAAUAAAUAGCUUAAAAGAG